GAAUGGUGUGCCCAAAACGGAAGUGCACAAAAACAAACAGUGGGAGGUUACCGCUGGCAACAACAUAGGAACACUUCCGCUUCCCGCAGCAUGAGCUCGCACUAUCUGAAUUCCUGUGUGAAAGUGCCCAUCGAUCCGUGCAAUAACUGUCCGGCUCCGGUAUACAAUCGGCCCAAGCUCUGCUCCCUUGGCGGAAAGAAGCCGCCCGACCAGGCUCACACUUCGCAGCCGGAGGCGGAGACACCUGCGUGGAGCAGCCAGAUGGGGGUCAGGUCCCUAGCUAAGUUCUACGACAGUAUACCUGACUACUGUGAUGUGAAGCACCUGCACCAAGCAGAGUUCUACUCCACUCUGGAGAGCCUGCGAAGCACCAGCCGUGAACUGCGAUCUCAAGCAGCAACUGCUCCAACUGUGGAGCGAAGUGCCAGUGUCAGCGGCAGUUCUGUGGGUCAUGGAAAGUCUAAGAAGCGGCCUUCCAAGGGGAAAAAGAUAAAGAAACGUCCUUUGGUGCUGGAUCCUGUUCCUCCGCCGGCAAUCUUAGUGAUCCCCGACCAACAGGAUAGAUGCGUUACCCACCCAGUUGUCCAUACUCCCAAUUCCAGUUGCUUAAGCGACGAGUACGACAAGUGCCUUAGGGACUUGAGUCGUCUGAAAAGCUUUAAGGAGGACUUCGCUGUGGAGGUUGCGGAUUUCAAGAGGUCCCUUAAGAGCUUUGAAGCGGAGUUCCGCAGGCCAAAGUCCACGAGCAGCAACGGGACUCAAACGCAAACCAACAAGCAGAGUCAGACACAGAACCGCUGCCAGAAGACUGUCAAUCCUGGCCAGCACACGGCAGAACGAGCCAAGUGCCGAAGGGAAAUGCUGCGCAGGUGCUUCAGUGUCAAUGAUCUGCAGGGGAUUAGCUUAGAGGCUCGUUCGAAUCCUUCCAAGCCCGCUCAGCCUGCGCGAAGCAACUAUUUCCCACUCAGCAAACAGGAGGAAGUUCCCAAGAUACAGAUUCAAUCGCCCACCGCCUCGUCGAAGCGAAGUAGUAGUGCUUCCAGCGCAGUAAGAGGUCGAGGAAGACGCGGUAGAGUAAGGAAACCAAAGCCAGGGUCUAGCGUAAAGGAUGAGAAGCCACUACCACCGCUGAGCAUCUAUGAGUUGCCAGAGGAACCGGUCCAGAGAAGAACGCCCAGUGUGUCACCGCUGCACCCGGUAUCUCGUCCCAAUCUCGCGGCAACUUUAAGGGCUGAAGUAUCUAGGAAGAAGGUUAAGGAGCUGAAGAACAACUGCACUUAUCAUGAUCCUCGUCCGCAAUUCGAUUGGGAGGUGAGGAAAACGCCGGCUUGGAAAUCGCUGUCCUUGAACGAAUCCCACAAGGCCUUGCUAUCCAUUCGGCUGGCCACCCGCAAGGCAGAGCAGGCUUUUCAGGAGCGCCAGUACGAACUGCAUAUGGAGAUGAUGCGUCAACGGGUGAAAUCCGCUCCCCUUCUUCUGGAAGGACCCACGUUCUGGGGCCCGGAAGUGGGCAAGCUCACCCAUACCUGCAGGACCGAGGAACUGCGUCAUUCGUGUGAGGGCAGCCGGCAACGUAGGAAGAAAAAGUCCGAGUGUCCUGUUCCCGAUGCGGAUACUAAACUGCAGCAACUGCGUAAGGUCUAUGGCUCAGAAAAGUCCUGUUCGAGGCAGUCUCAACGAAGCAAGCGGUCCGGACGACGUCCGCAGGGGCUGACGACCGAGACGCCUAGCCACGACAGCGGUGACGACCUGUGCAGCGUAGAUCGAGCUUUCCUCUAGAGAUUCACCUAAUUCCCAAGCACCUAGUCACAAUAUA